AUGCCCAGGCCCGCCUUCUCAGUCAUUUCCUUUUGUCACCGGUUUGGCAAACAGGAGAGAAAGCAGAGCCUCAUGGGAAACAGCGGCAACAGUUGGUCCCUCACGCCGCCCCCCAGGCUGAAGCGGGGCCUGGAGUCCGGGCCCAGGGAGCCCCGGGAGCCGCCCGCCUGCGCCCUCUGCCCGGAGAGGCCCCCGCGGGACCGGUGCCCCCCGCGCCGCAGGGGCCGGCGGAGGGGCCUGCGGGGCCUGGAGGAGAAGAUGGGGCGCCUGCUGCGGAGGCCGCCGCCCGCCCUGCAGGAGGCAGAGGGCUGGCCCAGCGGAGGGGGCGCCCUGCCGGGGUGCAGAUGGGGCGCCGACAGCCCGGACAGGGGCGUGCGCAUGUGGAGCCAGCCCUUCCUGCUGGGGAAGGAGGGCCAGCAGGUGGCUGUGUUUCUGGUGGACACUGGGGACGCCAUGAGCCCGGAGCUGAGCCCGGAGACCAGGACCAAGCUGUGCGCCCUCAUCAUGAUGCUGAGCUCCUACCAGAUCCUCCACACGUCCCGGGAGCUGGAGGACACAGACCUCGAAUACCUGGAGAUGUUUGUCCACGUGGCUGAGGUGAUGGGCAGGCACUACGGGAUGGUGCCCAUCCAGCGCCUGGACCUCCUCGUCCGAGACUCACCCCACCCCAGCCCGGCCGGGCGGGGGCCCGUGGGGGACGCCCUCCGGAAAUCUGGCAAAUACCCCCGGGUCUGGGAGCUGCUGCGAGGGAGGCAGGCCCGCCGCUGCCUCCUGCCUGCGCUGAGGCCACCACGGGCCGGCAGGGACUGCGGGAGCCCGGGCGGCCCAGAGGACGCCGCCUGCCCGUUGCGGGCCUACGUCGCCAAGGUGCUGAGCGCAGCCCCCCAGCUCGCCAAGAGCCGCAGCCAGGGCUACGGGAGCCAGGGGCGCCCCGCGGCCCGGGGGGACGGGCACCUGCUCACCGGGCAGCAGCUGGCUCAGGAAAUCAAGAACCUCUCGGGCUGGAUGGGGCGGCCGGGGCCCGGCUUUGGCUCUCCGGAGGAGAUGGCCGCCCAGCUGCAGGACCUGCGGACGCUGGAGGCCGCCAAGCAGGAGUUCAAGGAGUUCGUGCGGCAGCAGGACGCAGCCACCAAGCGCAUCUUCUCGGCGCUCCGGGUGCUGCCGGACACCAUGAGGAGCCUGCUGUCCGCGCAGAAGGACGCCGUCCUGGCUCGCCACGCCGCGGCCCUGCGGAGCCCGGGGAGGGCGCGGGCCCUGGAGGCGCUGGAGGCCGAGCUGCAGGCCCAGGCCCGCGCCUUCAUGGACGCCUACACCGUGCGCUUCUGCGGGCACCUGGCCGCCGUGGGCGGGGCCCUGGGCGCCGGGCUCAUGGGCCUGGCGGGCGGCGUGGUGGGCGCGGGCAUGGCCGCGGCGGCGCUGGCCGCGGAGGCCGGGAUGGUGGCUGCCGGAGCCGCGGUGGGGGCCACGGGGGCCGCCGUGGUGGGGGGUGGCGUGGGCGCGGGGCUGGCUGCCGCCCUGGGCUGCCUGGAGGGGGAGGAGGAGGAGCGGCUGCAGGAGGGGGACCGAGAGCCGCUGCUCGGGGUGGAGUGA